CGUGUGUCGAAGAAGGUACAAAAUCGAAAGGCGCUGGCCGUCGUCUUUGACGUCGUCGUUGGUGGUGGUUUAGUUCAUCCAGUGUGUUUUCGACAAUCUGGUGAUAAGGGAGAGGCGCUGUCCAGCGCACUGUUGGCACACACAUAUCCAUACACAACAUGUCGGGCGAUGUUCUGCUGAGCUGAGUUGUACCAGCAUCUUGAAUCCAUUUUUUUCCAUUCCGUAUCGAGUCAGUCGCAAAGUCCGGCGGGCGCGAGUUGGUGACUGUGUGUGUGUAUGUUGUGUGUACGGUGUGGCAAUCGUUCGUCCUCCCAUAUAUAUUUGUUAUAGCAAGGGAGGAGACAGCACACAGCAGCACAGAAGAAGGAACGCGCAACCCAAAGGCUGACUGACGAAGAAGGGAACUCGAGAAGGACACAAACGAGAAGGUGAAAUUUUCGCCUUUCAACUUUCGUUUCUCGAGUACACAAAAGAAGUUUUCCUUUUUCAUUAUUUUUUUUUCGCCGUGUGCAAACCGUGCACAAAAGUCGCAAUCAAAAGGUACUUUCGGGAUUGGGCCUCUGGCAGGGCAUCGGGCGUGUGUGUUUAUGCAUUGUGGAGUGUGGUUUUGCAAAAUGGUUGUGAACAGCGUAAUCGAAAUCUAGAGGAACCUGCCGUGGUGGCAAGAACCCGUCGGCACAGCGCCAGAGAGAGCGAGCGCGUCUCAACAAAGAUGAAUUCAUAAGUGAAAAAGGAAAUACGCCCAUUUCUGAUAUUUCCGUUUUUUCGUCUGUCUCCUCACGGGCGGAUGCUGGAUGCUGGUGUUACAUGCAAAAAUAGGUGCUGUUGUGUUGUAUAUCGAUGAAAAUUGGAAUCAAAUUAGCAGGGAAAAUGAAUUUAUUGCUCGCUUCCGUGACGCUGCUACUCGGUUGCCUAAUUACGGGCGUCGAGGUGAAAAGCUACAAAACGACGACGAAUCGAGGCAGUGGAAUCAGCAUAGGUGGCAGCAGCAGUAGUGGUAGCAAUAAAAGCAACAGCGAAACGGGCCGUGGAAGUGGCAGCAGCAGCAGCGGUAGCAGUAGCGGAAGUGGUUCCGGAUUAGGGAGUACCCGACACAAGCUGCAGCUGAAUGUGGGCCUUUUGGUGCCCCACACGAAUUUCGGUCGGCGCGAUUACCUUCGCUCGAUCAGCACGGCUGUGCUCGGUUUGCAGAAGGGGCGUGGACCGAAGCUGACCUUCCUGAAGGACCACGAAUUCCAAACAUCCAACAUACACUUUGACAUGAUGUCGCUCACGCCGAGCCCUACAUCCAUUCUCAACACACUGUGCAAGGAGUUCCUGCACGCGAACGUUUCCGCCAUUCUGUACAUGAUGAACUACGAAACGUACGGCCGGAGUACGGCGUCGGCUCAGUACUUUCUCCAGCUGGCGGGAUAUCUCGGCAUACCGGUUAUCUCGUGGAAUGCCGACAACUCCGGGCUGGAGCGGAGGGCGUCGCAAUCCACCCUGCAGCUGCAGUUGGCGCCCAGCAUUGAACAUCAGAGUGCUGCCAUGUUGAGCAUCCUUGAGCGCUACAAGUGGCACCAGUUCUCGGUGGUGACGUCGCAAAUCGCAGGCCAUGACGAUUUCGUGCAGGCGGUCCGGGAGCAGGUUGCCGCGAUGGACCACUUCAAGUUCACCAUCCUCAACUCGAUCAUCGUAUCCCGUCCGAUCAAUCUGGUCGAGCUGGUCAACAGCGAGGCCCGGGUGAUGCUGCUGUACUGCACCAAAGACGAAGCGGUCGACAUCCUGAAGGCGGCCGAGGAGCUGCACAUCACCGGCGAAAAUUACGUCUGGGUCGUGACGCAGAGUGUGAUCGAGAACAUGCAGGCACCGACCCAGUUCCCGGUCGGUAUGCUCGGAGUGCAUUUCGAUACGUCUUCGGGUGCACUGUUGAACGAGAUUUCGAACGCGAUUCGAGUGUACGCGUACGGGGUAGAGUACUACCUGAACGAUCCGAAGAACGUGGGUCGUGGUCUGGAUACGCAUCAGCUGUCGUGUGAAGAUGAAGGUCACGGUCGGUGGGAUAAUGGAGAGGUGUUCUUCAAAUAUCUGAGGAAUGUUUCGCUGGAGGGAGAACCGAACCGGCCGAACAUCGAAUUCACCACGGAUGGGGAUUUGAAGUGGGCGGAACUGAAGAUCAUGAAUCUGCGACCGAGCGUCAACAGCAAGGGUCUGGUGUGGGAGGAGAUCGGUAUGUGGAAAUCGUGGCAGCAGCAGAAGCUGGAUAUUAGAGAUAUAGCUUGGCCGGGUGAUUCGCAUUCGCCCCCGCAGGGAGUGCCGGAAAAGUUUCAUCUGAAGAUAACGUUCUUGGAGGAGGCACCGUAUAUUAAUCUAUCGCCGGCGGAUCCGGUUAGCGGAAAGUGUCUGAUGGACCGGGGAGUGUUGUGCCGGGUAGCGGCGGAUCACGAGAUGACGGAUAUUGAUAUGGGUCAAGCGCACAAAAAUGGGUCAUUCUAUCAGUGCUGUAGUGGUUUCUGCAUUGAUUUGCUGGAAAAGUUUGCCGAGGAAUUGGGUUUUACCUACGAACUGGUUCGGGUGGAGGACGGCAGGUGGGGAACGUUGGACAAUGGGAAGUGGAACGGAUUGAUUCACGAGCUGGUGAACAGGAAGACUGAUAUGGUACUGACCUCGCUGAUGAUCAACGCCGAACGGGAAGCGGUAGUGGAUUUUAGUGAGCCUUUCAUGGAGACUGGAAUUGCGAUUGUAGUUGCGAAGCGGACCGGGAUCAUCUCGCCGACGGCUUUCCUAGAGCCGUUCGAUACCGCGUCGUGGAUGUUGGUAGGAAUAUUUGCCAUUCAGGCGGCUACUUUUAUGAUAUUUCUUUUUGAAUGGUUGUCGCCGAGUGGAUACGAUAUGAAAACGGUACUGCAGAAUGCGAACAAUACUCCGUACCGGUUUUCGUUGUUCCGGACCUACUGGCUGGUGUGGGCUGUGCUGUUCCAAGCGGCGGUGCAUGUCGAUUCUCCGCGAGGAUUCACGUCCCGCUUUAUGACCAACGUUUGGGCCAUGUUCGCUGUAGUGUUUCUUGCUAUCUACACUGCUAACCUUGCGGCGUUCAUGAUAACCAGAGAAGAGUUUCACGAGUUCUCCGGACUGGACGACACCCGGCUGUCGCAUCCUUUCUCGCACAAACCAACCAUCAAAUUUGGUACGAUCCCCUGGAGUCACACCGAUUCGACCAUUUCCAAGUAUUUCAAGGAGAUGCACUACUACAUGAGGCAGUAUAAUAAGACUAGUGUGGCGGAUGGAGUCGCGGCCGUUCUGAGCGGCGGAAUGGAUGCGUUUAUCUACGAUGGAACAGUGUUGGACUACCUCGUUCAGCAGGAUGAAGACUGCCGGCUGCUAACCGUUGGUCAGUGGUACGCUAUGACCGGGUACGGGUUAGCCUUCAGUCGUAAUUCGAAAUACGUCGAGAUGUUUAACAAGCGGUUGCUGGAGUUCCGUGCGAACGGGGAUUUGGAACGGCUGCGUCGAUACUGGAUGACAGGAACCUGUCGGCCCGGCAAACAAGAGCACAAAUCAUCCGAUCCGCUCGCCUUGGAACAGUUUUUGUCCGCGUUCCUACUGCUGAUGGCCGGAAUCCUGCUCGCCGCGUUACUGCUUCUGCUCGAGCAUCUGUACUUCAAGUACUUCCGCAAACGGUUAGCGAAAAAAGAUCGCGGUGGCUGUUGUGCCCUCAUCUCCCUGUCAAUGGGUAAAUCAUUGACCUUCCGGGGAGCCGUUUUCGAGGCGACGGAGCUGCUGCGACACCACCGCUGCAACGAUCCCAUCUGCGAUACCCACCUGUGGAAGGUGAAACACGAGCUGGACAUGACCCGGCUGCGAAAUUCGCAGCUCGAGAAAGCUCUGGAUUCGCACGGUAUUAAACCACCGCAGAUCCGGAUCGCUUCCACGAACGACAUCAUCAGUGCGGGACGGCGGGAAAGGUACCAGCAGCAGCGUCCGAACAUUCUGGGUAAUUUGAGUCUCGGGGGAAGUGCUCAGGAUUUGUACCGUUGGACGUACAAGACCGAAAUUGCCGAGAUGGAAACCGUACUGUAAGAGGGGGCGGCGGCAACAAAACAAGAAACGCCUAACACCACACUAGAAUCUACUAAGGUACUGCUAGUACUGGUACUAUUUGCUACUUCUACUACUGCUGCUACUACUACUACUACUAUUACUACUAAACCCACCCCGUGGCCAAGACAACAUACUCACGCAUUGUCAAUCUACAAACCGAAACGGGUCGAGUGAGGGUCCGGUAUUCGUUGAAGAACCGGGUAAGUUCACGAAAGCCGUAUUGGAAUCGAGAGAAGAAAAAACAUACCAAACACACAACAAUCAACUACGCCAAAUCCCGUAAAUGGAAACUACAAACCACCGUGGUAGAUCGAGCUUACUAAAUGAGCGAUGUUUUGCCGGAACAAAGGUAAGCCGCGGAAUCGAAUGAGGGGAAAAGUUGGAAGUGAUCCUUUUUCUUUAUGUUCUAUAAUGCAUCUUGGCUGUGGCAUCUAUGGCAGUGGGGAACGAACGAACAUUUUUCUGAACAGCUUCAGUCUUAUAAAUACGUUGAAGCUUUGGAUAAAGAGCCGACAUCUCAGUAUUUUGUUUACCAUUUAUCUGUCAGUGUCAUUCCAAUCGAAUAUGAGAGCUGUCGUUCAAGAAGGAUUUAAAGAGAUUGAUUAGAUUGAAAUGGCACUGACGGACAUGGUAGAAAUUCAGCGU